AUGAAAGGGAGUAUUAAUUCUGAAGGGGGACAGGGGGACGCUGAUCAUGUUGUGAGAGAGGAAAAGAUGGGCCACGAAAGGGACGAUCAAAGUCAGGCAAAAAGUGUGACCCUAGAUGGAUUGAGUAGUUUGAUCCCCAAUGGAGUGCAACUCCCCCAUCAGGGUGCUCCCCUCAAAUGGGGGGGAAUGAACCACCACGUGAGGAUUACCCAACCGAGUAGCCCCAGCAAAGAGAGCGGAAGUGAGAGGAAGAGUUUCCCACUGAAAAGCAUCUUCCUCACCCCUAUCACAAAACACACCAUACUAAGGAGCAUAAGCGCUAUAAGACAAGGCAUCUGUGCGAAAUGCGCCAUGCCCGGACACCCACUGGGAGGAACAGGAGCGACAAGAAAAACCGAACCAACCAUUAAAUCUCUGGUAAAGUACUCUUUCCAAGCGAAUGAAAAAAAAAAAUAA